AUGAAACUCUUCAACGUUGCUGCAGCUGCUUUAGCUGUAUUUGGAAUCACAUCCGGGUUACAGCAACCAUUGACAUUACCAAUCUUGGACGAUCCUGACGGCCACUUGUUCUUGAAAGCCUCGAGAUAUUUCAACGAACCAUUAAGUACUUUGACCCAAGAGACAAAAAAGUUAUGGAGUCAAUUCGUAUUCAACUCGAACGCUUUUAAAGCUUUGAAAUCAACCGGCGGAUUUUCCAAAAUUACAAAGCAGGAGUUUGAUUUCCACGUUACAGAUAAAGCUUUACCAAACCACCAAUUGAGGGUCAAGGACCCGUCCAGCUUGGGACUUGACACUGUUAAACAAUAUUCCGGAUACUUGGACAUUGAGGACGGGAAGAAGCAUUUUUUCUUUUGGGCAUUUGAAAGUCGAAAUGACCCAAAGAAUGACCCAGUUAUUUUGUGGUUGAAUGGUGGUCCAGGUUGCUCAUCAUCUAUGGGGUUGUUUUUUGAGUUGGGACCAGCAUCAAUCAACAAGGAUAUACAACCAGUUCAUAACCCAUAUGCUUGGAACAAUAAUGCAACUGUCAUAUUCUUGGAUCAGCCAGCAAACACAGGCUACUCUUAUACAGAGAAGCCUGUUUCAAACACUAUGGCUGCAGGUGAAGAUGUCUAUGCCUUUUUGGAAUUAUUUUUCAAACAAUUCCCACAAUAUGCCAAGUUGGAUUUCCACAUUGCCGCUGAAUCCUAUGGUGGCCACUUUGCACCCGUUUACGCAAGUGAAAUCAUGAGUCACCCAGAGCGCUCUUUCAACUUGACCUCCGUUUUGAUUGGAAACGGUUUGACGGACACUUUAGUCCAAUACGAGUACUUCCAACCAAUGGCUUGUGGCGAAGGUGGUUCAGAAGCCGUUGUUGACCCUCAACAGUGUCAAAUCAUGGAUUCCACAAAACCUCUCUGUUUAGCACUUAUCAAGCAGUGCUAUGACACUGAGUCUGUUUGGUCAUGCUUCCCUGCCACUGUUUUCUGUAACGAGGCUCAGAUGGGACCUUAUCAAAGGGCUGGUUACAACAUGUACGAUGUUAGACUCAAGUGUGAUGGUUCGCAAUUGUGCUAUGAGAGUCUUGAGUAUAUCGACAAGUACUUGAACAAGCCCGAAGUUUUGGAGGCAGUGGGCGCUGAAGUCUCAGGUCAUGAGUCCUGCGAUGCUGGUAUCUACGCAAACUUUUUGUACUCUGGUGACUGGAUGAAGCCAUACUACAAAAAGGUAAUUGAUGUUUUGGAAAAGGGCGUCCCUGUAUUGAUUUACGCCGGUGAUAAAGAUUUUAUUUGUAACUGGUUGGGAAACCAGGCUUGGACUGACAGGCUACAAUGGAGUGGCGCACAGGGAUAUGCCAAAGCACCAAUUAGAAAAUGGGAAGUAGAUGGUGAGCAUGCCGGAAAUGUCAAAAACUAUGACAAAUUUACAUUCCUAAGAGUCUUUGAUGCUGGGCAUAUGGUUCCGCAUGACAAACCAAAAAACUCGCUUGACAUGGUCAACAGGUGGAUCCAAGGCGAUUAUAAAUUGUAG